UUCCUUUUAGAAUUCUUCAUUCUUAUACUACUUGCAUUACAAGCUCUCCACUUUUUUCUAUCAAUGACGUUACAAUCACCUGCCCCAGAACCACAUUAUGCCCAUGAUCCUAACCCACCUUUUACCCUCGUUUUAACCAUUCUUCUCUUAGUCAUAUUCUUCCUAGGCUUUUUUUCCAUUUACUUUUGCAAAUGUCUUCUAGAAAAUGUUGUCAAUUCUAUAAAUACCAGGCGAACUCCUCAUGGACCAGCUAUCGAUUCGACCAAAACUGUACAUGGACUCGAUUUUACAAUUGUAAGUUCGUUUCCCACCUUUACGUAUUCAAGUGUUAAACAAUAUCAACGUGAAAAAUACAGUCUAGAAUGUGCCAUAUGCUUGUGUGAUUUCGAUGAUCAUGACCUACUUCGACUAUUAACAACUUGUUCUCAUGUCUUCCACCAAGAUUGUAUAGACUUAUGGUUUCAAUCACAUAAAUCAUGUCCUAUUUGUCGUAGGAAUCUCGAUGUAUUAGACUCAACACAAUUAUCGGAAACCAAUUCUAAUGUUGACGAAACUACAACAAACGGAAAUGUGAUUGAAAUUGUUGCUGAUAGAAAUAAUGUGACGGUCGACAAUGAUAAUGUCAUUAACAUUGUAAUUGAAGACGAAAAUAAAGACGACAAUGAGGACGUGUUCGAUAAACGUGGACUAGAUAUAUCGUUAGGUAACGAAAAAUUUCCGAGGUCACAUUCUACGGGGCAUUCGAUUUUACGAAAAAGGUUUGUGCAAGAAGAUGAUAAAUAUAAGUUGAAGUUACCGGAUCAUGUCAAAGAAAUCAUUGUAAGUAGACAUAUUGUUACUCUAAGUGCUACAACGUUUGGAGAAAUUGAUAGCAAUUCAACCAAUAUUCAUAAAGGUUUUGGAGAAAUUUCAAGUUGUACUACACAAAUAGAUGUUAUAUAA